CGCGCCGCAGCCCGCCAGCCCCGGCGUGAAUCGACAAGGAAGCACAGCUCACACGGCCUGUCGCUGUUUCAAUCGCUGAAACUACCGUCCACCUGCCGUUUUCUUUCACUCAGAAGAGUCGCCGGAUAGCGAUCGUGUGUUUUCUGGAGUGUUUUAAUAAAAAGCCUCCAUGGAGUGUCGUGGGAGGAGAGAGCCGCUGCUGAAGACGAACCUUCGAGUUUAAUCUCAACCAGUGAGACGAAAAUCUGAGCUCUUCCAGUAUGGAGCUCAGCAGACUGGUGACUUUCUGGAUUGUGUGUCUAUGCUGCUUGUGGAAAUGUCGGGCGGACAAAUUCAUUUCAGUGAGCACAGAACCGCCACCACUGGACAACGGUGUGUCGGAGCUCUGCCGCAUCGAUGAACCCCUGUGCCAGGAUGAGAACGCCAUCCUCAGCUUUGAGGCCAUCCGCAGCAUUCACAAGCAAAUGGAUGACGAUGCUAAUGGAAACGUGGAUGUUUCGGAGACUGACGGGUUUUUAAGAGAGGACCUUAACUACCAUGACCCCAAAGCCAAACACAACAGUUUUCACGGUGACGAUCAGUUCAUCAGCGUUGAGGACCUGUGGAACGCCUGGAAGAGUUCAAAAGUGUAUAACUGGACUGUGACUGAAGUUGUGGACUGGCUCAUCGACUACGUCGAGCUGUCGCAAUAUGCGGAAGCCUUCCGCAAGAUGAACUUAAAUGGUACCGCCAUGCCCCGUUUGGCUUUGAAGAAUGUCACGCUAACACAAACAGUCCUGAAGAUUCUGGACCGGAGUCACACUCAGAAACUGCAGCUCAAGGCGUUGGACACGGUUCUGUUUGGAGCUCCUAUGAUGAACAGACACAACCAUCUGAAGGACUUCAUGCUGGUCGUCUCUAUCGUCAUCGGGAUGGGAGGCUGCUGGUUCGCGUACAUCCAGAAUCGACACUCUAAAGACCACAUGAAGAAGAUGAUGAACGACCUGGAUAGUCUCCAGAGGGCCGAGCAAAGCCUCCACGACCUGCAGCAGAAGCUGCAGAUCGCUCAGGAAGAGCAUCGCUCGGUGGAGGUGGAGAAGGUGAACCUGGAGCAGAAGCUCAGAGACGAGAUCAAUGCCGCCAAACAGGAGGCGCAGAGGCUGAAGGGGCUCCGGGAGGGAACCGAAAAUGAGCUGAGCCGACAGAAGUAUGCCGAGGAGGAACUUGAGCAGGUGCGUAUGGCUCUGAAGAAAGCCGAAAAGGAGCUGGAGUCUCGUAGCAGUUGGUCUCCUCCAGAUUCUCUGCAGAAGUGGUUGCAGCUCACUCACGAGGUGGAGGUGCAGUAUUACAACAUCAAGAAACAGAACGCAGAGAGACAGCUGCAGGUGGCCAAAGAGGGGGCAGAAAAGAUCAAGAAGAAAAGAAACACUUUGUUCGGGACGUUUCAUGUGGCACACAGCUCUUCACUGGAUGAUGUCGAUCACAAAAUACUGGCAGCUAAGCAGGCACUGGGUGAGGUCACUGCAGCCCUGAGAGAGAGACUCCAUCGCUGGCAGCAGAUCGAGAUGCUGACGGGCUUCUCGCUGGUCCAUAACCCAGGCUUACCCUCUCUGGCCUCGGCCCUCAACCUGGACCCAAGCUUCAUGGGCGGCCGCGGGACACCCCAGCACUUCAUGUCUGACGACAUGGAUGACAUGGAUGAGGACAUAGUGGCACCAGGAACCCUGCAAUCUCCCAGUAUGAUGUCACUCCGUCAACGGCACAUCGACCCGCUGCUGGCCCUGGGCUCUCAGAGGUUGGUAGAGAGUUGUCACGGGCCGGAAGGGGAGGGUAGCUCAUACAGAUCUAGGGCAGCGCUGCGGCAGACACUCAGCCAUUCGUUCGGGCAGUUCGACGCUCUGGGACUGCCUCCGCUUUCUUCUGCUGUGUCUCAUCCCGCCAUCUACUCCGCCUUGUCAUCGCACGCUCCCCAUUCCUCCGUCCACGCUGCCGCCCCUCAUUCAUCCCACUAUCAGUCCACACAUUUCCAGCCCAUGGACACCAUCCCAGACCUCCCGUACGAGACCAGCCCUCAGCACCCCCGCCGUUCCGGCAGCUACGGGGACCUCAACCGCUCCGACUCCGAUUCCUCCCUCUGUAUAUCCCAGACCGGCGAGCAACUACGUCUAUCCUACAGUUACAAAUCCUUCCCCGUGAAGCCCACCUCCCUCCUGCACGGCCCCCACUCGCGGUCUGAGGAAGGCGCCCACUCUCAAACGCCCAACGGAGGCAACCGCGUCCAAGACGGAGGCGCCUCUCCCGACGGAGUCCCUGAUAGUCCCAUAUUAAUGAAGAAGAUAUCCAGCUUUGAGAAAUCCGCCAGCAUGAGCGAGAUCCAAGGCUCGCAGAUGGCGAUGUCCAUGUCGGAAUCCUCACGCUCCCUGAGCCCGAACUCCACCGAACCCGACACGCCGCCCCCCACCGGACAGACUGGCGGGAAGCCAGGAAGUCGCAUCCCUCAGAUUUCCUCAAAAAAGAGCCCCCUAGAGGAGGACAAUGGUUCUACAGGUGAAGACACUGAUUCCGGCCGCAAGAAACAUUUGCACACCUUCAAGAUCUUCAAAAAACAGAAGAAAUAAGGACAGAACUGGACAACUGUAUCGUUUUCCCCGUUUCUUUUCGUUUUAUUGUUACUAUGAAUCAAUAUACAAAAUCCUUUACGAGGUCUUCGUAGAAACAUGUUUAUCAGAGGAACUUUAGGAUAAAUAGCACGAUCUGUUUGGGUGGGAACAGGUUGGACUGUUUUUUCGAUAGGGCUUGCAUUGCAUUAUUUAUUCAGCAGGAGUCAGUGCCAGACUUUCCAAAGGAUUCUUCCUUCCGAUAGACGUUUCUUUCCUUGUGAAAUCUGUAUCAGUUUGCAUGUCUUCACCUUUGUUUGUUUGAACUUUGAAUGCUCCUAGAUGUUUGCUUGGUUCUUGUUCCCCUUUGCUUAAACUCAAUAACCUGGUUCUUUUGUUUCUAUCAGCACAUUCUCUCCUUUGAGGUUAAAACAAAUCGUCUGAAAGUUUUAUGGUACUCCUCGGUCAGUGUUAGUCAAUGGUGAGAACUGUAAAAGGGCUGAACUGUCGGUGUGAAACCCCCUUAAAUAUGUUGCACUAUUUUUGAAUGAUGAUUAAUUGGAAAUUGAGAACAUGCUGGAACACGUGCUAAAACGUUUACACAAAUGGAGCCACUGAACGUAUCUCCACGGCUUCAGGGAUUUCUGGGAUGUGACGGAAAAUAAGCGAUUUGAAAUUUUUAGAUCAUUCCAAAUCAUUUUGAAAAUGCAAAGGUGGUUUGUGAAUAUGCACAUGAAUGUGAUUGUUUCACUUUUUCUUUCAUUAAAAACCUUGCAGUGA